AUGUCAAUCCGCUACCAGUGUAAUCAGUGUCUUUCCCAUGGCUGUUCGUCAUUCUUCCCCCAGUCUGCAGAUCCAUCUAUGUGCUAUUGCGGUCAUUCAUCAACAUCUCAUGACCAAAGUCCACCCCCAGCAGAACCUAUACGUCAUCCUUCAUUCCCACCCCGAGGAGGGAUAGGUUCAUGCUCUGAAUUUCGAAGUGUGGGUAACAUCCAGAUUGAAGACUAUUUUCAAGCAUGUGUGUGUGGCCAGCACUAUAGCGCACAUACACCAUCUGUUGCUCCUUCAUCCAAUGCUGGUGCAUCGAGCAUGAACCUUCCCAUGCCGCUACAACUGAGCUUACCAGCAGGCAAUGUUGCAACCACACCCUCACAAGCUUCACGUUUAGUCAAUGCACCUAUUGAAGCUACGCACUCUUCCGAUUUCUUCAGCUCCUUACCACGGCAUUCUAUUCCACUUUAUUCCAUGCCAGCAUCCAGGUCUGACACGGUCCUACCAUUGGCAGGUGGUACGCAGUCUUUGGUAUCCUCAUAUGCACCACAUGCUGCAUUACAACCACCCAUCUCACGAGGGCACAUGGCAUUCGGUGUACCCAUGGCAGGCAUUACAAUGGGAACCUUUGGUGCACGAGGGCGUGGUCGUGGUCGUGGUCGAGUUCACCCUGUCACGCAGUCAGCACGAACAUUGAAGAUCCAGCUGAUCAUUUUGCCAAAAGAUCUUCUGAAUCUAUAUGAUGUCGAUGAUCCAUCAGUGUCUGACGAUGACGCUGUAGUUACUACACGUAUGCGUGCUGGAGAAGCAUUAGCUGCAGACUUGCGCUUUCUUGCCAAACAUGGCUUGAAUAGGCAAGUCACACUAAUCGCGCAAAGACCUCAAGACUAUUUGCUUGAUCAGAUUGCUGACGCGGUCAGAGAUAUGGCUGUUGACGCAAAACUUGCCUUUCCAGCAUGGCAGCCAGAAGCCCUCGACCUCGAUGGUGAUAACACGAACCGUGAGAUGCACAUCCAGUUCCAUGAACUUCCUUUCCGUUUUGUUCUACCAGGCAAUGCCAAUGCUUCCCUCGGCCAACUGCUACAUUCGCAUCGACCAUUCAUUUUCUUUCCAAAAAGCGGUGCUCACGAGUUACAAAUCCUGCAGACCCAACUGUCGGGUUAUUAUACAUCUGUCCCAAGGGAGGGCCAAUUAAUCAUGGCCCAUCUUGUACAAGGCAUCAAUGACCCUCUUGGUACACCCGACCGUUUUCAAACUGUAACUUGCAAGGCAUCUUGUCCCGAAGAUGAUGUGCCUCAAUCACCUGUAACUGUGUCCUACAUUCCAUCCACACCUAGCACAAGUGUGUCAGCUGCUACUCCAUCAUCGUCCAACUUUUCCACUGGCAGCAAUAUUUCAUCCUCAAACCUUACCCGGUACCACAAUCGUGAUCGUUCUGCCUCGCCAGGACGCACAUCAGCUGGCAAUAUGUUUCAUGCCCAGUCUCAAUCUCGUGGACGUACAGUUGAACGCCUGACCCCUUACAUUCAAUGCCACUCAGUUUCCUCAUCUCCAGAUAAUCUCAUGCUAGAUUCACCGGAACUAGCUGCAUCAUCUGAGCCAUUACGCUCCACCAUGUCCAAUGAUGCUGCUCCAUCUGUACAGCUAGUUGAAGACAUAGUCAUGGAUCUGCGUCCUGUAAUCCAAUAUCGUCGUCAUCGAAAUAGACGCGCAUUGUCUCCAUUACGUCCUUUCCCUGCCCAGCCUGGGCGUAAUUCUACUAUGCCUCUACCUGAUCAGGUUCCAUCGACACCUUCUUCAUCUGAAGAUCGAUCCAGGAGCUCCAUCAAUCCAAACCCAGGCACUAUCCUUCGUCGUUCAACCAGAUCUAGACGUGGAUCUCAUACUCCACUAGGUUCAUAUGAUGACACUGGGUCACCAAUCAUACCCUUCGAUACUGCAGCAUUCAUUUCGAUAGAUCAGCUGCGUCGGAGCAUUGAUGCAUCAGUAGAUGUGGGUCAUUCAACCAGCAUCCUUCGCAUUGAAGCCGAAUCUAUUAUCCAUGCUGCGAAUGGACUUGUUGGCUGGCUUGGGCACCAGCGCCUUCACAUGGAUGACUCCCAUCCAUACAAGGCACCGAAUGACGCUAUAAGCUUCAUUGUUAGUCCAGAUGCCCCCGAGGAUCGCCUAAACAUCUUUUCCAAAAUAUGGCAGGUGCAGGCUGGACAUCCAGAUGCUACCGACAGCAUUGGAGAUGGUGUAUUGCGCCAAGUUCUUGAGAGUGCCCUCACUAAGUGCAUAUCAUGGAAGCCCAGCUGCACUUCCACGGACAGUGGUGAUGGAGGGGAAGAUGGUGAUGGUGAUACUUGUGAGAUGCUUGAUGAUGGAUAUGUCACGCUGAGGAUUUCAAGUUUUCCUUCUGACGAGAAGCUUGAUAUUGUGUUUGCUCUGGGACGACUUGCAGCGAUCUAUAUGAUCAAAGUCGGCAAUGGGCCUGAUCCGAUCUCACCAGCUCUUCUGGAGUGCAUUAUUAAUGGUGUUGAUGCCAUUAUGGACCUUCCCUGGCUUCGUCAAUUUCAUCCAUCUCUGACGCAGACACUUGUACUCCUUCCGAUAGAGCACGGUGGAGAAAUGCCAAGCAAUGUGCAGGAUCGUCUUAAACUAGUGCGUAUCUUUCAAACACAUAUGGGUUCCACGUACGGCGAGAUUGUCCAAGCCUCGAAAGAUCAAUGGCCACAAAUCAAACGUGAUUUCUUCAGCAGCGCACUACUGGGACAUCCUGCAGCGAAGAUAAUCAACUCCAAGGAAUUCCAUGCGUUCAAAGAUGGUUUUGAUAUGUUUCUGACGACAUCAUUGGGAUCUCUGUGUCAUUCAUUGGCACCGACAUCAAAGAAGAUAUUUCAAGAUAUAUUCAACCGGCGUGUGACGGUGGAUGCACUAAUCCCACUGUUACGAUUUGAAAUAGAUGGUGAUGCAGUUUUCCGUGCACACAUGUCUCCAAUGCUCCAGUCCUUCCAAGAUGCAUUCUAUCGCUAUCUCAGGGGCAGUGGACAUUCUAAUGACCCUUUAUUUUCUGCUUUCACCGUUCGGGAAGGUGCCACCGCUGAUCCUAAUUAUCGUGCUCGCCGCUUUGUCAAAGUAUUGAGUGGGAUUCACCUUCUGCCACCCACUACACUCCAAGUUUUCAAGAUAGUGUUACAGUUUAAUGGUCAAUAUAACAUCGAUGAGGAUGUCAUUCCGCCACUGCCUCAUACAUGCCUCUACACAUUGGACGUUUUCAUUAACCCACCGUUAAUCAAAUACCUGCAAAAUCCAUCCGAUGAUCCCCGAGAACUGACUGUCUUAGAUCGCUGCUUACAUUAUGCUUUUUUGGAGGCCGGUGAUGAUAGCUUCAACGCCAGAAUGCCUAUUACUAUCUAA